CUCUUGCUGUAGUUGUGACAGAUCGAAACUACUCUAGCGUGUGUUUUGUUGUUGAAUAAUUUUUUAAUUUAAUUGUUUAGUCGUGAUAGUGAAUGUGCUUUGACGCUUGUGUCGAUGAUUAGAUAAGAUUGCAGAUUCGCCUAACCAAUCGAAGCUUCACUGAUCUUUAUAAAAGGUACGUGUGUUCGUACGUUGCACGUUGACUAACACUUCUAACAUUAGAAACAAAAAUGAGGUUUCUCCAUUGUAACCGAUGCAUGAAUCGUGUGAAACAAGGCGUUGUCAAUCACCUAACAACGUGUCUUCAUAUGUUUUGUGACACAUGCACUCAAGUACGGCCUGUUAAGGAUCAAUGUUUACUUUGUAAGGCUGUUUGUUCUUACACCAUUCUCAAUAAAGAUUUGCCGACAGACAUGAAAGCACUUUUCAGGGAUCCAUACGAUCAUCUGAAGGAAUUUCAAAGAAUCUAUAGUUUCCAAAGUUUUCAUCGCAAGAAGUGGCUAGAACAUUGUAAGCAAUGGUACCACUCGUAUGAAAUCGGUUUGCGCAAAUUAAAAGAAGCUCGCGAGGAGGAGAAAAAGGUCGACUUAGAAAUGGCCGCCAUGCAACGUGAAUUCACAUACUUAAAAUCAUUAGUAGCCAAAUAUGAACAGAAUGCAGUCAAUGAGUCCCAUCAUAAUAUUACAGUUCCUUCAACACCUAGUAAUAUUAGUUUUGGUCAACGAAUUUCUGUUUACGAUAAUUCUAAAAAAACAGAGUACAGAAAUCCCAACACGAUGAGUUCUAAUGGCACUUUCGCCUCAAACAGUACACUGAACGCUUCCAUGCGUCCAAAUUUUACCAAUUUAAGUACUAAAAACACCAGAUUUUCACCAUACCACAGCUUACAGGAACCGCCGCGUCCGCAAUCCGCAAAUCUUCCAAUGACUAAUCAGCGUUUUGGGCCUUCUUCCUCGGGCGCACCACAUAUGGUUUGUCAGAGGCCAAUUCAUAGUCUUUUAGAUGUAUCGCGAUCAUCGAAUUUCUCGAAACCUUCAACAAUUGAUAGCCCAUUUCAAAAUCAACUUAAGGAGUUAUCUAUCAAUAGAAAUCAUAAUUUUAAUUCUUUAUUACAAACGAAUAACACCACAUCAAGACGAGAUCAAAUUAAUCAACAUAGGUCAAGUAAGUCUACUAGCGGAUUAAGUGAUAAAUCCUCCAUUAGAAUGCAUUGUAGAUCUCCAGGUCGUGCAUCUUCUCGUCCUCCUAGCAAUUCCUCUUACAUGCAGACCAAUAAUAUAAAUACAUCAGUUUAUCCGCCUAGUAAUAGAUCACAAAUAGGUGCACAAAUCAAAACAAGAACCGACGGAUUAGAAAUGCGGACUCCACAAUCUGCUCUAUUCAAUAGGCUAGCCGCGGGAUCUACAUAUUCAAAUAAUAGAUCUCCAUCGACUAGUAGUAGAAUUUCCGAUAGAUGUCCCAAUAGACCAAUAAUAGAACAACUUGAUAGAUCGCAUAAUAAUGCAUCGAAUCAUACAUAUGCGGAUGAAAUAUCUCGUAGGAACAAUAAUGAGAGGCACUGGAGGCAGCAUUCUAACAGAUAUCCGUUUUCGAAAAAUAAUAAUGUUGUCCAUCAACGUAUUAGUGCUUCCCCUCUUUUAAUCAGCCAGGAAUAAAAAAUAAUAAUGUUUAUACUCAUCAAUUAUGUAGUUCACAAAUCUAUUAUUAUAUACUCAGCUAUUCUAUUCAAAUGCUG